AUGUUCAUUAGACAACUCACAGCUUUCCUCAGCCUGAUGACGGGGGUUUGGUCCAGCCUACCAACAUCCAAGAUGUCAGCUCCAAUGCUCAGGCCCCUGCCUUCCAAGUUUUCCCAAGGGUCCAGUAUUUACUUCCCACCUCCAGGGGUGGCGUCUGGAGAUGGACCAGAGACCCUGGUGGAAAAUGCCCAGAUCUCCCCCUCACCCGGCACCAUCUCCCACAGCUGGAAGACCUUUCAGGGCCUGAAAGUAGGAGGAGAAUCAUGGGAGCUGCUCCAUCCUGGCAAGCGGGAGCUUCAAGAUGCUUCAGGACUGAGCCCCGAGGUGGGGAGGCCACAGGAAGAGGAAGAGAUACCUGCUGUAUCCCUUCCCCUCAGUCCCAAGGAUGUAGUUCGGGAGACGUGCAAGGCUGUGCCCUUCACCCAGGUGGUCUCCCGGCCUGGCUGUACUUCCAUCCGACUCCAGAACAAGUUUUGCUUUGGCCGCUGCAGCUCCUUCUACAUACCCAGCGCAGGCCUCACCAGGCCCCACCUCUGCAACAGCUGCCUGCCCUCCCAACAUCGCCGAGUGUCCGUGGUCCUUUGGUGCCAGGGAGUUGGCAAACCCUCCUCCGGAAGGCGGCUGAAGGUGUCCACCUCUCUAGUGGAGGCCUGUCAGUGCCACACACACGUGUGA